CAUACACACAUUAUGAUUCUUCACCUUAUCCUACGCACCCUUUCUACUACUAUGCUAUGUAGAGACAAAAAAUUCCACACACUAAAGAAAAAAAGACUUACACACACACACACACACACCACACUUCACCAUUCUCAUCCUCUAAACUUUGAAACCAUAAUUCCAAAUCCAACCAAUAUCAACCAUGUCAUCAUCAAGUGGAACAAUUUGGAGCUAUGAAGAAGAAAAAUCAUUUGAGAAUGCAAUAGCCAUGCAUUGGAAUGAAAAAGAAGAAGAAGAUUCAAAUGAACAAUGGGAAAAGAUUGCUUCAUGUGUCCCUAACAAAACCAUGGAAGAAGUGAAACAACAUUACCAAUUAUUGGUAGAUGAUGUUAGUGCAAUUGAGGCAGGUCAUGUAUCAUUUCCAAAUUAUGCUAAUGAUUUAGAAACUACUACUAAUUCUUCAAAUAAAGAUUCUUCUAAAUCCUCCACAAGUUCAUAUAAGAGAUCAUCAAGUUGUAAUUUUGGAAGUGGCUUUUCUGGAUUAGGACAUGACUCUAAUCACCAUAGUAGUGGUAAAGGUGGAUUGUCGAGGUCUUCAUCGGAACAAGAAAGACGAAAAGGAAUUCCAUGGACAGAAGAAGAACAUAGGCUAUUUUUACUUGGUCUAGACAAAUUUGGAAAAGGAGAUUGGAGGAGUAUAUCAAGGAACUUUGUGAUAUCAAGAACACCAACACAAGUAGCAAGCCACGCACAAAAGUAUUUCAUAAGGUUGAAUUCAAUGAAUAGAGAUAGAAGAAGGUCUAGUAUUCAUGAUAUUACUAGUGUUAACAAUGGAGAUGUAGCUAAUAAUCAUCAAGCACCAAUAACAGGUCAACAUGGUAACACAAUUCCUUCAAAUACAAUGGGUUUAGGACAAUCAAUGAAGCAUAGAGUUCAACCUCAUCAUCAUCAUCAUGGUGGUUUAGGAAUGUAUGGAGCACCAGUUGGACAUCCUGUUGUUGCUCCUCCUGCUCAUAUGACAUCUGCAGUUGGAACUCCUGUUAUGCUUCCUCAUCAUCAUCCUCAUCAUCCACCUUAUGUUGUACCUCUUGCUUACCCUAUGGCACCUCCAACAAUGCACCAAUAACAACUCUUUCUUUAUUUCAUUUUUUUUAUCGAAAUAAAGUUUAGGCGAGUUGGAUCUUGAGGGUUCAUCAAAGUCAGAUAAAGUCUGACGACAGUUGUACUUACAUAUUAUCUAUCAACAAAGUCCUCACAUCGAUAGCAGGAUUUGAAAUUUUGAACUCAGGUCUUUGUGAAAUUUUGUUGAAUCAUUACCAACUGGACCAACUUAUGUUGGCUCAACUCCUCUUUCUUUUAUUUGUUGUUAGUUUUAGUGAGGAUUUAAAGGAAAAUCCUCUUAUGUGGAAAGUUAAUUAAGUCAUAACUCUUAUUAUGUUAAAUUAUUAUGUUCUAGUUAAUUUACUCAAAAGAAUUUGAGGAAUUGAAUAAUGGUACUAAGUAUAGACUAUGUUCUACUUGGUUUAGUAACUUUCUGUAUUAGGUCUUGGUGUAUCUGUACAUAGAUAUGAUAUGGUAUGAUUAAAUACCAAGGAAUUGAAGCAAAAAUGAACUUCUCUUUGUUACCAUGAA